AUGGCGGAGUCCUCUGCCUCUGCCGUGAUCCAGCGUUCGUUCCGGGCGGCGCUGUAUCCGUGGAGCGCUCCGCAGCCGGUGGGGUUGCCGUUGGAGCGGGCUGGGACCUCUGCAGAGCGGGGUAUACCGCCUGUUUCCUUCGGUGCUCCCCCUGAUGACCAGAUGUCGGUCGCUGCAUUGGAGAGCGAGUCGCCCUCUGGGGAUGACGACUCGGCUGCGUUGCCCCCUUCGGGUGUGCCCCUCAGCCUGCUCGCCGCCGUGGCGCCCCUGCGGCUGCCCCGCCUCCCGCAGCCGCAGCAGCCUUCCACCAGGCAGCGUCGUGGAGCCGGUCGCAGGCAGGACGCCCAGCCCGUCCAGGCCCCCGCCAAACCUGGCGGCAAGCGCAAGCAGCAGUGGGUUGCCCAAGAGCACCCCUCCUGCCCAUUUGUGGAACCAGGUAAGGGCGGUAGCACUCAAGUCCCCGCUUCAAGUCGUCACACGCCAGGCUGUCACAAGCCUCAAGCCAGGUUCCUGUGUUUCCUCCCUCACGAGGAGGAAUCAGGUGAGUGUUACACUGCACACCCAGACCCCGCCCCUGCCAUCACAGGCCAAGCCGUCACAGGCUCGGGCCGGGUCCCUGUGUUCCACCUCGCUGCCCCACCGAGUGCCGUUCCCAGCCUAGAAGGGGCUCAGAUCCUCGAGCCGAGCCCAGGAGAGGCUCCAAUUCCCCAGUCAAUCCCAGGAGAGGCUUUAGACCCCGAGUCAAGCCCAGGAGUGGCUCCAAUGCCCCAGCUGAACCCAGGAGAGGCUUUAGACCCCGAGUCAAGCCCAGGAGGGGCUCCAGUUCCCAAGCCGAGCCCAGGAGAGGCUCCAGUUCCCAAGCAGAGCCCAGGAGAGGCUCCAGUCCCCCAGCCGAGCCCAGGAGUGGCUCCAAUGCCCCAGCUGAGCCCAGGAGAGGCUUCAGACCCCGAGUCAAGCCCAGGAGGAGCUCCAGUUCCCCAGCCAAGCCCAGGAGGGGCUUCAGUUCCCCAGCCAAGCCCAGGAGUGGCUCCAAUGCGCCAGUCAAGCCCAGGAGGGGCUCCAGUUCCCAAGCCGAGCCCAGGAGUGGCUCCAAUGCCCCAGUCAAACCCAGGAGAGGCUCCAGUCCCCCAGCCGAACCCAGGAGGGGCUCCAGUUCCCAGGCCGAGCCCAGGAGGGGCUUCAGUUCCCCAGCCGAGCCAAGGAGAGGCCCCAGUUCCCGAGCGCCCGCCAGAAGGGGACUUCCCCAAGAAAAUUUUGAGGGGGGCCAUAUGGACAGUGUCUGUGUGGCCGGGCCAAGGACCAAGGCCACGGAGUCAGCAGAUCCGCCAUGGCCUCCCGAGUCGGCAGAUCCGCCAUGGAUCCCGGAAUGGGCGCCACCCAGGAGGCCGUCCAUCCCCGAACUCUGGCCCUUGA